UCUGAAAGUGGGGGCUAGAGCUGUCAUUUACUCGAAGAUAAAACUAUUCUGAAGAGAAAGCGAAAAUUAGAAAUCGGGAGAGAGAGAGAGAGAGAGAGAUGAACGGCAGAGACGAAGAAAAGGGCUUGGUAUGGAAGCUACCGAUAGUUAAGUCGAAGCAAUUGGGGAAGAUUGGACCUGCUUUUGGACUUGGCAUAGGCUGUGGUUUUGGUCUCGGAAUCGGCCUUAUCGGAGGCACUGGCUUUGGUCCGGGGCUUCCUGGGUUGCAACUGGGUUUUGGGUUCGGUGCUGGGUGUGGAAUUGGUCUUGGUUUUGGCUAUGCUGUUGGAAGAGGUAUUGCUUAUGACGACAACCGUAAAUACUCUAAUGUUGGAAAGCUCUUCAAUGGCCCUGCCAAUUUCCCUAAUCAUUUCAGGGCCAUUUGAUAAUUAACAGGGUUAAAAGAAGCAUAAAGAACAGUCCUCCCUUUUCCAUUGUAGUAUCAGUAAAAUAAUAUGUAGCUGUCAUAUCAAGUGCAACAGCCAACGCGGUAGAACUAGAGUUCGAUAAAAUAAAUACUAGUACUUAUCUUCUAAGCUUAGAUAAAGGUUUUGGAUUACUUCUUACUCUCCCACUGUACCUCAAUGAGAUAUUUUAACCAAAAUUCUUGUUUUCUUGUGGCCUAUAAGGCCUUUCAGUGUAGUGUUGGACUUAUCUUCCUGAAUUCUAAUCUUGCAUAUUCCUCUGUAAUUCUAGACUUGACCUAAUGUUGACCUUGUCUUCAAGUGGAGUGUUUCAGAGUUAUUGGUUGGCUAUACGAGUUGAUCACUGGGGAAUAUUUCCUUUUAAUUCUGCAUAGAAAACAGAACAUGUUCAUCAUGAUGCGCCUGCAAUAUUUUCAAUGAAGCAUAAGUUGCGCAAUUCCAAACAAAAGAAGGCUGAAAAGAGGGACACAAACUGGUCUUCUCCUACACUUAGUGUCUUUUUUAUUGCUAGUAUUCAACAGCCAAAUUUCUCUCGUAUUUAACGAACUGUUGGAACUAUCCUUGAUGGGUGUCUCUCUUCGCUCUUGCUAAUUGGGUCCUCUUUGGAAUUGGGUUUGGAACAGGGGGAUCAAAUUGCAUAACAUGAUAUGUGCUUUGUUUCUAACCAUUAAGGUGUAAUUCCUAAUGCCAUAUUCGCAAUAU